UCAUGUUUUGGUUUCACGUUUAAACAAACCUGCCAUUUGCUCAAUGUACAACAAAUCACACUACCAUCUAUAGCAAAGACUACGGUAGAACCAUCGUUGAAUGAAUAUCUGUAAUACCUGCAGUUAUAGUGAUUACAGAGCUAUUAAAACUUGCAUUUCGUUAUAAUUUAGCAUUUUAAAAAAAAAACUCGACCUUUUUGAAAUCAAAAUGCCAAUUUUUGUUACUAAUUACCAUUGGGACCAAUCAUCUGAAAAUAUUUACCUUAGAGUUGAGCUGCAAGGAGCUAAAAAAUCUUCAGUGAGUGUUUUGCAGUCUGAAAACUACAUCAAAGUCAGUUUCCCGCCCUACAUUUGCGAAAAACCUCUAUGGGGAAAAAUUGACCCAGACAAAACGCUAGUCACUAUCGAAAAUGGAUCAGUUGGCGUACGGUUGCAGAAAGCCGAAGCGAAAGAAUGGAUUGCGUUGUCGGUUGAUUUGCCAUUCGACAAAACAGAGGCGCGAGAUUUUAUGGCAAAACUGCGGCAAGAUGCGGUCAAGUUUUCACAGAAAGAUGCGGAAAAAAAGCGCGAAGAAAAAGCAGCAGACAAAAACAAAAAAGAUCGAUUUGCAGUUUCACAACAGAUAAAAUUGGAGCAAGAUGAAAAAAAGAGAAUUGAAGAUUUCAAAAAUGAGGAGAAAAAACGAAUGACGGAUGAAAUUUUGGAAUUUCAAAAAUCAACUGAAAAUGAAAACUCGGAGCAAAAUGAUGAAAUUAAACGUCAGUGGGAGCAUUAUCGAAAAUUAGAAGCCGAAUUGGAAAACAUUGAUUCGGAUGAAGACGAAACGAAAGUUCUGGAGGAAACUAAAUCAACGUUGAAAUCGGCUUCGAAUGAAGGCAAAAACAAAAAAGCUGAGAAAACAGAAAUUGAAGAAAAGCCAAAACACAAAACUGUGAUCGAAAAUUAUUUGAAACAAAAGCAACAGAUUUUCGACAACUCUGAAAUAAGUCAACCCGCUAUUCGAGGAGCUGGCAAGAAUAUUGAGAUUUCAUUCACGCCUCGUGUUUUCCCGACACCUCUUCGCGAGUCGCGAAAACCAGAGGAGGAUGAAUGGCUUCGGAAGCAAAACGAAGCUCGUAAGAGAGCAGAUGACUUUUCAGACGAGUUAAGUGAUAUCGAAAAAGAUCCCGUUUUGUUGAGGCAAAAAGGAAAUUCAUUUUUCCAGAAGGGAAACUACCAAGGCGCAGCAAAUGUGUUCACACAUGCCAUUAAAUUGUACCCAAAAAUGCCUGAGCUAUAUUCAAAUCGUGCAGCUUGUCAUUUAAAGUUACGCAACUUUUUUAAGGCGCUCGACGAUAGCUCGAAAGCGAUCGACUUGUUAGUUCCCGCUUGCGAAGCGAAUGCGAAAGAUCGGACUAAGGCUUACUUGAGGAGAGGCGCCGCUUUUUGCGAGUUAGAAUGCUACGCCGAGGGUUUAAUCGAGUACGAAGCAGCACUGAAAUGUAAUCCUACAAAUGAACAGAUUUACAAAGACUGCCAAAACUUGAGAAAGUACAUCGAGGGAACGUAUACAGGUGCUCUGAGAAUGGAAAACCCAUAUGAAAACGAAAACAACAUAAAAUCUAUUUUGGCCCCUAAAGCUGGUCAGAAAACCAAAACAAAGUCAGGAAGCCAAAACAAAGAUGAAGACGAAGUAGACGACAAUGGGGACGACGAGACUGCUUCGGAAACUUCCGACGAUGAUGACGAGGGAGACGAUGAUGUAAUUCAUGACAUAGAAAAUCAUGUGACCAAAAAGCCGUUGGUUGACAAAGAGGAUUCGAAUGAGAACUUCAAAGCAACGGUUACAAAUUGUGAAGACAAUGAGGAGCCCGAUUCAGAUGACGUGGAUGAGUGAACCAGUGUCUGUUUAAAACUAAAUUUUUAGUCGGUUGAAAGUCCAUCUUGAUUUUCUAUUCAAUCCUGGCUUUUCGAAGGGGAAAUUUAGAACCUGAAAGCAUUUUAAGUUGGGCGCCAAGUUGGUCGUGUUUUAUUCUCAUUGCUGCUGCUAACAGACCAAGUCGGAUAAAGGCAUGAGCUGCUGUACAUAAAUUCUUUUUUGUAUCAUAUUUCUUACAUUUUGUUAAAAUGUUCUUUUUGCUAUCUCUCAUGCAUAUCUGAUAGAAAUAGAAGUGUUUUGGAUGCUUUUGAAAUUCAUAAUUCGAUCUCACUUCUAAUUGUGAGUGUCAAUU